GUCGCUGCGGCGGCCCUCACCGCCCGUGGUGCCGCGGCGGCGGCCGGAGCGGCCCGAGCGGCCCGAGCGGGUGGAGCCAGUGGAGCACCGGAGCACCGUGCGCACGAGUUCGGUGCACCUUCCGCCCAGCUGGAGCAGAGGUCCCCACCGCGGAACCCGCGAGACCCGCGCCGAGAGCCGCGCCGAGAGCCGCGCCGGAGCGCCGGAGCGCGGUCGGUCGCCGCGGGCGCGGGAGGCGCGGGGUCCGCGGAGCUAUGGCAAUGACCGCAGCCAUGCGACAGAGCGACACACGGGACACACGGGC